UAUGUCAUUAGUGAUAACUGAGAUCCCCUCAACUCUCGCCGCAAUGAGUCGGCGUCGGACUGCGAGUUAUACCCAGCUCCCACUGCUCCCAAAGGUAAAAAAGGGAAAACAAAGCCCAUAUGAUUUAUCGGAGGACGAGCUCCGUCAGAUAUACACAUUGGUUCCGGACGCGGGUAUGGUUCCCUGUGCUCUUAGGUUCCUUCAAGUUUGUCUACUUGGCUUGGUCCUCUUAACAAGAAUAAAAAAUGGUUUUAAGGUUUCCUAAUGGGUAAAAACGAGAGGGAUCAGACCAAAAUGGAAGAGGAUAAGUAUGAUGAAGACAGCGUCAAAGCAAAUUUUUCUGAGCUGCCAGGUUAUGAAGACACGAGUAUGGUACCAAGAUCAUCUUCAGAUUUCUCAGAGCACCAGCUGCGUCAGCUCUUCGACUUGGAUCCGGCACCUGGUCCUGAUGACAUGUUAGAAGAUAAGGAACCUAUAAAAUGGUUUGAGGUGGUUUGUAAGGUGUGUGGUUAUGUUGUGGGUGGCCUCCAGGAGGGUUCUAGCUUGCAGGAUUGUCGUGCCACCCAUGUACAUGCAUCAUGCCACCGCGAUUUUUUGCUUAAACUUCCUACAGGUAUUAAUCAAUGUCAUGAAGACACCAUGAGUAUGGCACCAAGACCAUCAUAUCACUCAGAGGCGGAGCUCCUUCGGAUCUACUUGGUGGAUUCAUACACUACUGGACAUAGGAGGUCUGCGGCUCCUCCUAGUGAGGAGCCUGUAGUGGUAUGGUAUGCAGUGAUUUGUAAGGUCUGUAAGAAGGAUGUAUAUACCACCAAGGAUUAUCCUAGCUUGCAGGAUAAUCCUUGGUUGCAAAAACAUGCUUUGAUGCACAGUGAGUACUUGUCAAUGGAUGGCCCUACAGUACCAGAUAUAGAUCUUGAAGCUUACAAGAACAAGCUGCCGAAAGGGUAUGAUGGAGGCUUUAACUUGGAUAAAGAUGAUGCAUCUCUGCAGGAGGGAUUUGUAAAGAUUUGUUGGAGGUGUCUGUCUGAAAAUUGUAGCAGGGGUCCGCACAGAUAUGUUAUGAUGGAUUGUGUCGACUGUAAUGAAUCUCGUACCCACCUGUCUUGGAAUUGUCCUACAGAAAAUUGGGAAUCUGGACAGCCUACACCGUGCAACCGCUCGGACUGAAAUGAAGGAA